AUGUGUAAGGACGCAUCUCUUAAGAUCCGGAUAGAACAAGCACUAGAACAGCCUCUCCGGAAAAGGUUGCCAAGGCUUGAGGCAUUGCGUUACAUACCCAUCUAUCAGAAAGAAGCUUCCCAUAAUGAGGCCUUACUACAGUUUUCCAUGUUGGAUUUCAAUUUACUUCAAUCCUUGCACAAAAAGGAGCUCAGCCAAAUCAGCAACGGGCCAUGCACCUUCAUGUGUCUAAAUAGAUGGUGGAAGAAUUUGGAUUUAGAAAACAGGCUACCUUAUGUUCGCGGCAGAUUGGUAGAAGGCUACUUUUGGAUAUUGGCAGUCUAUUUUGAGCAUCAAUAUUUAGAUGCUAGGAUUUUUCUGAUGAAAACAUGCAAUCUUGCUAUCAUAUUGGAUGACACGUAUGAUAACUAUGGUACAUACGAAGAGCUUGAGAUGUUCACCCAAGCUGUUCAAAGAUGGUCGACAAACUGCAUCGAUACACUUCCUGAGUACAUGAAAUUCAUAUAUCAAGAACUUUUGGACGUUUACAAAGAAGCAGAGGAAGUACUAGAACCGAAAGGAAAAGCAUAUCAUAUUUACCAUACCAUAGAGAUGGUGAAAGAGUGCACUCGAAAUCUCCUAACUUAA